AUGAGCGAAGAGCUUAAGAAGAAGAUUAGGGGAAAUCAGAAAAUAGGGCAGAGUAUGGUUCAAGAAGCUUCUGGCAGCAUUCAUGGGCAGCGUGCAAUCAUGAUGUUUGAUGUUACAGCACGUUUGACCUUCAAGAAUGUGGCAACAUGGCAUCGUGAUCUCUGCAGGGUGUGCGAAAAUAUACCAACUGUUUUGUGUGGGAAUAAAGUGGAUGUCAGGAAUAGGCAGGUAAAAGCAAAGCAGGUCACAUUCCAUAGAAAGAAGAAUAUUCAGUACUAUGAAAUUUCGGCGAAGAGCAACCACAACUACAAGAAGCCGUUUCUCUAUCUUCUUCGGAAACUUGCUGGGGACCCUAACCUUAACUUUGCAGAGCAGCCUGCUCUUGUACCACCUGAAGUUCGUAUUGACGUGGUUGCACAGCAGCAGCAAGUGAUCAUGCAGAAUUAA